AACCUUUUAUCUCAUGAGUCAGCCGCAAGUGUUGAGACUAUCACUUGAGAUCGAGCUUGAUGGGCGGUAUGAGCUUGUAUGUUUCAGUUUACUGACGGGGUGACGCUGGUUGUCGACUUUCAGUUGUUUGACUGACAGCCGCGCUGUAAACAAGGAGAGAGAACAUACCAUCGACUAGUCUGUAUGCGGACUGUUUACCAGCGGACACUUUAACACACUCAGUGAUGAGGAUUUUGUGAAACCCGUGAUAUCUCACUUGGGAUUUUAGAUUUUCCAACGUUUUGGAUUUUUACAACAUAUAACAUAUCUGUGUUUGAUUAAACAUCGACAAAAUGUUAACGUCAUCUUCUGCCUCGCAGUAUAUCAAUCCGGAUUACCUUCAGCCCCUCCCUACCACGCUCGAUGCUAAGAAGAGUCCAUUAGCCUUACUGGCGCAGACCUGUAGCAGCAUUGGGAAAGACACUUCAUCCAAGUCCCUGAUACCGCCAUUAGAUAAAAAGGAAAGCGAGAAAAACACGGAGAAAUCUAACAAUGAAGGCAAUAAACGUGAAACAAAAGACAAAGAAUCAAGUUCCUCGAACAAUAAACCUGGAUUUAGGACCAUUCAAAACAAGGAUAUACCUCCUCCUCUUGUACCAGUGUCGCGAUCAAGUGAGGACCAGAAAACACCCUCCCCAUCACCAUCUAAAUCUUCUCCUCGUCCCUCUAAGGAGAAAACAUCUUCACCUCAGGCGGACUUGACCUCUGGACCGCCUCGAUCGAUCAGUUCACAUAGUUCUGGGUCACAUCGCAACAUGGCUGACAAGGAAGAUGACAGGAGCAAAAGACCGGGGUCAUCCCCAAGGUCACCUCACAAGUUUACUCGUGACAAUGGUUCAAUUGGAGAUAUACCUAAAACAAUCUGUUCUACGUCUCAACCGGCAUACAGUACUUAUUCAUCAAUUUCUAAUUCCUUUCCCCAUUACACCCAUGCUGGCCACGGACUUGACGCAGCUGCCGCACACUUUGCCGGAUUUCCUUUACCUUUACCAGCACAUGGGGCUUUUGGUUCCUCUUCCGCGGCUGCAGCUGCACUUGCAGCACAAUCAUCUGCCCUGGCUGCUCAAUCAUCGGCUCUCAAAGCCGGUAUGGGCUCGUCCUUCUCCCCUUACGUGACGUACGCCCGUGUGAGAACACCCUCUGGAGCCACAACCCUCGUUCCCGUUUGUCGCGAUCCUUACUGUACCCAUUGCCAAUUGACUGAACAGAAUGCACAUUUAUCAUCCACAUGUACGGCAGUUGGUUGUGCUCAGUGUGCGCAUGAAAAAUCUCUACAGAAUUUGAGCUUGGGACUUAAUGGUUCUUCAUUCUCACAUUUGCAAUCGCUUUCCGCAUCAGGGCUGUUAACAUCUGUUCCAUCUAGUUCAUUACAUUUAUCUUCUCCAUUAUAUCACCAUAGUGCACUGAGCGGACAUACCCAGUCGGCAUUCCCCUUUGCUUGUAAUUGGGUAUCGCCCGGGAAUGAACACUGUGGUAAACGCUUUUCUACAUCUGAGGAACUAUUACAACAUCUUAGGACACAUACGACAGCGUCAGAUCCCCUGUCUCUAGCAGCAAGCUAUGACAGAUAUGGCUUGGCUGCUGCCGCUGCAGGCCUUCCAGGCCUCCAUGGACAUUUACCCACACCAGGGUCUGUUAGUCCCAAUUCUCUGCGGAGGAACUAUCCAACAAGUCUUAGUCCACUAUCAGGCCUGAUGGGGUCGAGUCGCUACCACCCGUACAAAUCCAUGAUAAAUCCUCCGUCUGGACUCGCCAAUGCUCAACACCACCCAGGACUUAGUCCUUACCUCUCAUCUUACUCCCUCUACGGACAGAGACUAGGGGCCGCCGCUGUGCCGUAGUAGACACUGUGUUUCUAAUCCACUGCUUACAUUGUGAUAUUGUGCUAGUGCUGGCAAUAUAUACUAUAUCUAUACAAACUAGUGUAAUACGGAAAAAACUCUAGAUUCUAUAUGGUAUUUAGAAUUAUAUAAAUAAUUUUUUUCUCGUUUUGUUCUACAGAAUUAUAGCAACUGUUAUAUCCUCUUUAUUGACUGUUUUAUCUCAGGGCAAAUAGAUAAGCUCAGUCGUUAAUUUUUGCAAUUUGAACAAUAGUGCUCAAUUUCAGUAUUUAAAAUUGAUGUGAACGUAAAACAUUUAUUUAUGAUUUUGAAGAGGCGUGAAACGCUAGGCGGAGUGUAACGCUCAGAGUAGUAUGACGAAUUCUCUGCGGAAUGCUAGAGUCUAAACAUUCUGUAUAUCAUACAUGCAAUGUAUUAAAAUUCAUUGUCAAUUCA